AUGUCGUCACACUGGUCUAUGAGUUCUGAGCUCUCUCCCGUUGGGCAGGAGCGCCGCGACGCGUUCGUGAAUACCGUCUACCACCUCACCGAUGACUUUUUCUCCAUGGAGACGAUCCACGAGGUGCUGAUUAAGGGCGGCCAACGCCUGGCAGAUAGACUUGCCAAGAACAAGGUCUUGCCAACCUUGUCGGCUGACUACUUUGGCUGGCGCGUGGAGAAGGACUGGUGGGGUUUCUUCGUUUCCCGAGGAAACAUGCGUGGAGACCCUCCGUACCCGUAUUCUUCCAACGAACCUACGAUGUAUGGUGCUCCUUACUCCGAGAUUUACCUCUCGUAUCUCGAGAGUCGGGAGCAGGAGGCCAAGGUCGCGGAGGAGAUCCGGCAGCUGGAGACCAACCGAACCGCCCCCGCCCCCUUGCGACUACCUUCUUCUACAGAGCGCCGCCCGGAACUCAUGGCGAAGCUGUGGGAUGAGUUGCUUCCUGGCCGCCCCUACGAGCACGGAUGCGACGAGCCCUUCGCCCUUCGCAUUACAUCGAGCGACUGGGGUCUCGAGGUCAAUAUCGGCAGCUGCUUCGGGACAACCGAGGAAGAGGUGACGGACUCCAUCAAUCGCGCAUCCUUCAUGCUCGGCGCGGAAGUCGUCGUCCUGUUCAUCUCCGACGCAGACGGGAAGAUCUUUCUUGCCCUGGGUCUUGAGGAAGGUGCGGAGGUGGAGAACUCGGCCGUGAAACGCAGAUUCAAGGCAGCCUGGUUCGACCUGCUCGCCGUCAACCUGCAGUGGCUGCGCCUUCGCCCCGUCAACAUCGUCACCGCCCUCGACGAGAUCAACAAGAACCUGAUCAGGCCAAGGCCCAACAAGUUGAUGGCUGAGAUGGAGAAGGCUCGCAUGGAGAUCCCCGGGAAGGUCGAGUCGCGCAUACUGCAAGCAAGACAGCUGAAGCCCGAAGACCCCCAACGCGCCGUCAAGUUUCUCCGGGUGCAGCUCGCGAGCACACGCGUGGCUGCGAGAGCGGCAGCCGCCAACAUCGACGCGGAAUUCUCCGCCAUCAAGAGCUUCGUCACGGACCCACGCUUCGGCUGCUUGGCGACACGCGAGCUCACAAAGAUGGUAGAAGACGCCGCCGUGAGUGUAGCGGAAGAGCACGUUCGCCUGCUACCCGUCGACUGCCGCGACAUCGAAGAAGCCGAAGAGACCGUCACGGGGUUCGUCCUAUCCGGUUCCUGGGACGACGUGCUCUCUCGAGGGAAGAGGCUGGAGGUGUGUGAGCGCACUCUCGGCCAAUAUCCGCUGCUCCGCCGAUCAUUGGAUGCUUGGGUGGCACAGAUGAGGAUCCGCCUGUCGGGUUGA